AUGUCGAAUGAAGACCAUCAAUCAAAGACGAGCAAGAAGGGUUCGCCUAGUAUUCGCCAGACCCUCACUAAGGGGAUCUUUCGGCCUAAGUUAAAAGUUCCUUCACGAGCAGUUGAAUCUUCCAAAACAAUAGGUACACAAAACCAAGAGCUUUCGGAAGUAUCUCAGGAAUCAUCAAUAUCAGCCACUGCUAGGCAAUGGUCAGUUACGCUUGCAGCUCAACCACACAUAAAAGAUGGAUUUGAAAAUUUGCGAAAAGCUAUCAACGAAUACAAUGUCGAAGCCUCCCAGCAGCAACGUCAUCUAGUCGAUCAUGAAAAUGUACGGCUAGAAGAAGUGCGAAAGAUAGCAGAAGGGAUCCAAUCAGAUUGUGAGCGAGAGAACUCCGGGAAGAAGAUUCGAUCUACUAUGAAAAAUGGGCUGAGAAAGUUCUGCGAAACAUCACUCUAUUACUCCUCAAUCAUGGAUGUAUUAAUCCAACAAAAUCCUGAAUGGGUGAGUUUAGCAUGGGGAACAGUUAAGUUUUUGUUGAUGGUGCCUGUUGAAUAUCAGCGCGUUAAGGAAAAUAUUGCGACAAAUCUCGGCAGUCUUGGGGAUAAAUUUGCCGUCGUCCACAUAUUCACACAGUUCUUCCCAAGCGCCAAUAUUAUCAAUGCAACAGCCGCCAUGUAUGCAGCAUUUGCCGAGUUCCUGGAGACAUCUGUUCGUUGGCUCAAUGAUAAUUUAUUCAAACGCAUCAUCAAGUCGACCUUUCGCCCAUUCGAUACAAGUUUGAAACCAAUUUUAGAGAAGAUAAACCAGAGCUAUGGGGUCCUCAGGGAGCAUGUAGAAGCUCAGAGACUCAUUAGAGAUUUCCAACAUAACCAGCAACAUCAAAAAGACUUGGCGGCCUUAAAGACGUCUGCUGGCACAACGGACCAAAAACUGUCAAGGGUUUUGCAGAUAUUAGAAGGGUUGAUAUUGGAACAAGAACAACCAAAGGACCUCCAAGUCUCUACGAGAUUUAAUACGCCUAAAAAAAUGCCCAAGCAGCAAAAGCCAGGCGUAUAUAUCCUCCCUGCAUUAGGUCCGAUGAAAAUGUUUACCUUAGGUCUCGAACCCAUGGAACACGACUUCGAUUUGAUGAAGCACAGGCAAGCAUCGUUUCCAAUCAUGCAGUCUUACGAAGGUAUAAACAUCUUACGGCGUGGAGAUUUCAGAGGGUGGAUUAGCAGUACUUCAUCUAGCCUCCUUUGGAUAGACGGGUACGAGAAACCAGGUCGGCCGAGUUGGCUUGGUGAUCUAGCCCUAUGUGUUACGCAAGCAGCAUUUAUAUCUGGCUAUGAGGCCCUAUACACCUUCAACAGCCUCCGAUUCCACGAUUCCGAGAAAUUUACAGCGCGGACAUUGAUACAGAGAUUAUCUAACCAUCUCCUAUGCAAAUUUCCGGAGAUUUAUGAAACCGGUGACACCGACCUUCUCUGUCCCGAGAUAUUUCUUGCAGCGCAGACGGAUAUUAGAUUGUCGUGGAAGAUCUUUGUCGAGUGUCUCGCUGCUCUUAAGUCCGUUGCAGUGUACAUCGUGAUAGAAGCUAUUGAUAGAAUACAGCUUCUACCAGAAAACCAAGACGAAUUUCUGUUUGUUUUGCAGCAUCUAUCCCAGCUCGCAACCCCAGGUGCCGUCAAGAACAAGGUGAUCAAGGUUAUGAUUACAUCAACUAAGCCCGAUGCUGGUUUCGACUUUAUUUUUAGAGAAACUAGAAGAGGGGACGCACAAGAUAAGGACGCUCAUGUUUUGAUCCGAGUAUCUCCUGCAGCAGCAAGGAGUAGAAAGCAGAGGUCGAUACCAGGAGUGAAGAGGAGAAUCCGGAUUCCCAGUAACAGCCACGCUGGAGAAGGAUUCGACUUUCAUUGCGAGAAAAUUCUUAGUGACAGCGAUUUCAUCCCAGAACCAGAUGAUAUAGAAACAGAGAAUAUCUCUGAUUCCGAAAAAAGUGUUAUCCAACCAAUGGAAUUCGAUGAGGAUUUCGAUAUUUUCGAUGAGAUGAUAGAAUCCAGCCAAGACAAGAAUCAGGGGUCAGAUGAAGUAUCGGAUUUUUCAUCUUUACGGGAUGUGGAUUCAAAUCAAACACGUUCCAGGAUUGCUUCUAAUAGUUCUGCUAUGAGUUCGGAUGGUUCGCUGGACAUAUUUGGAGUGAUAUAA